AGUUAACCCUCCUUCUACGGACGAUCAUCACCCAAUCAGUUCCCUUUGCAGACCGAGGGUGUAGAGUUCUAACAUUUUGUUUACUUUUUAAAAUUAGGUGAAUCCGCUCACUAGUAAGGUUUCACUUGACCGCGAAUUAAACGAACUGGCUAGAAACGUAAUCCAACUUAAUAACCUACUACGCUAACGGGAUAAAACUAAUUCUAGAAAGAAAAUAGUGACUGGAUAUCAGCGUCAUCAGCGCAAAACUGCGCUCAUCUCCGUUUCUAGAAGGAGCAAAAUGGGAACCAAAUAAGGAUGAGCUACAUGUAUGACGCAGAGGAGGUAAAUCACUUCAGGAAAAUCGCUACCUCACAAAGGAAAAUUCCAAAGAUAAUGGCGCUAAACGGUUUUCUGGAGUUCUUCCAGCGGGAGAAGACAUUUCGACCCAAAAAGAAGUUCACCCAAGGAACCAUCCGCUAUUCGUUACAUAAACAAGCCCACGCUAGUCUGCAGUCCGGGAUAAACUUGAGAGAAGUGGUCAGAUUACCUCCAGGAGAAAACAUGAAUGAUUGGUUGGCUGUGCAUGUGGUGGACUUUUUCAACAGAAUUAAUCUUAUUUACGGCACCAUAUCGGAAUACUGUAAUGAAACUACUUGCCCUACUAUGAGCGGUGGAUCCAAAUACGAGUACUUGUGGGCCGAUGGAGAACUGUUCAAAAAACCUACCCAACUGCCCGCACCGCGGUAUGUAGAACUGCUGAUGGAUUGGGUGGAAAAUCAAAUCAACAAUGAAGCGCUCUUCCCCGUGUCGACCGAUGUGCCAUUUCCCAAAUCGUUUCCUACACUUUGCAAGAAGAUUCUGGCGAGGCUUUUUCGAGUUUUUGUGCAUGUUUAUAUUCAUCACUUCGAUAGAAUCGUUAGUAUUGGAGCGGAAGCUCACGUAAACACAUGCUACAAGCAUUUUUACUACUUUAUUCAAGAAUUCGAUCUGAUGUCAGCAAAAGAGUUAGAACCGCUAGCGGUGAUGACUGCUCAGAUGUGCAAAGACUAAUUUGAGUUAUCGAGGUAGGUUAACGUGAUUAAAUUUCAAACAUAAUAUGUAAAAUGAUAAUUGGAACCAUAGUGAGUUUUAAAUCAGGUUGUUAAUAGCCUUUAAUGCAUAAUAAAUGAUAAAAAGCUUCUAAAUGACCAAA